GGUACAACCAACAUGCGCAGUCUGUCGCCUGUACCACAGAGCAGGAUUACGCUAGUUAGACCGGCCUGCCCCUCUCUGUCAUGGCUGCCGGUUGUUUAGUUGGGCAAAGGGCCGGUCCCUUAUCGGAUAAACUGUCCGGUUACUGCUGGGUUUUGCUGCCUCUUCUCUUAGUGGCGACUGCUCAAGCUUCUGUGUGUAGGCUCAAGACAGGAGAUGGAAGAGAUUCCGAAAGCUGUGGAACCAACCUUGAACUAGAGCAUUCCUUUGAACUGGAUGAUAGCAUCCAUUUCAAAAAGAGGGGAUCUUUGAUCUGGAGUGGGACAGCCGAGCAAAGCAUAUCUAUUCUGCAGAAGCAACUCACAGAAGAUGAGAGAAACAAAUUACGGGAUAUUGCAAACCUGAAUGGGCUUUAUCGAAUUAGGGUUCCUAGAAAAUUGGGUAUUACAGAAGAAGCCAAUGAAUAUGUCACAUCCUUUGUCCGAGCAUGUUCCAUGGUCGAGUCCCAUCUCUCUGACCAAAUCAGCGUUCAUACAGAUAUUUCAGGAAAUGUCGUUGGCAUUUCCAUUGUGACUUUCCCUGGGUCCUGCAAUGGUGCAGAGGUGGAGGAUGUGGACCUGGAAAUGUUCAACACUACUGUCUACAUUCAGCAGCCAAUAGCAGCAGCAGUACCCGAGACUGCAGCAUUUAUUGAACGCCUAGAGAUGGAACAAGCCCAAAAAGCAAAGAAUCCCCAAGAGCAGAAGUCAUUCUUUGCCAAAUAUUGGCAUAUUAUUCUGGGAGGGGCAAUGUUGCUAAUGUUAACCAAUUCGGCGAAGGUUCCGAGGGAGCAAGGACAGCAGGCCUGAGGACUUAAAUGGAUGUACAUUAUUCCCGUCGUGUUGUUCUUAAUGAUGUCUGGAGCGUCUGACGCUGGCAACCAAGGAGGCAAUGGUGGAGGAGGCGGUGGCAGUGGGGGAGGAAGGUGAUUGCUAUGAAUGGAACCUUGAUGUCCCCUUUGAGAAUACACUGGCAGCCUUUAUCACAGCUGGCUAUCACCAGUGCAUGUGAACUGCAUUAUUUUGUUACAUGGAGCACAGCAUUCCAUUUGCCACCAUCUGCAAGAAGAGAGAUUCAAUGGAUUUGAUUGAAACUAAACCUAAAAUGCAACUUUCUUUUUAUGAAAAUGCUCCCAGUAGUAGUCACAAAUAUAUAUACAUGCAAAGGUAUCAGGAGCUUGGGAGGAUACUGCAGUAUGGAUGGGGUCGUAGGGAUCAUUUGUCUACUAAAGGACACAUCAAGUGUGUCUCCUACUCACAACUGAAUACUUGCUCUUUGCUACAUAGUAACUGUAUACACAUUUGUCAGAGAAUAUAUAUUUGUGAAUGAGAUGCAUUUUCAUAUGGGCUCAACUUGGAUUUUAGUUUUAAUGAUGCAUUAAUUUAUUAAAAACUUUGGAAUUAUUUGGUGUGUGGUUCGGUGUGUAUUGUUGGAAUGGACAGAUAUAAAACUAUGCUGAGUUUGACAGACUGACAUCUGGAGCCAUCGCAGGGAGAAUGAUGCUAUUGAUAAUUAACCUAUUAAUUGAACUUUUUUUUUACUAUAAUGAUUCAGUAUAUGAAAUCCCAGGUUCUUACUAUUUGUAUGUUCCAGAAAAUACUAAAAAAAAAAAAUCUAAUAUAUGAAAGGAUACUGAGAGUUCAGCAAGCUAGUUGGGCAUUCCUGAAUAAAAUUGUGACAUUAAAAGGAUUGUUGAUUUUUAUUUUGAUAUAUACAAUGAUAUGAGACAAUUUGUAAUUGGUUUACAUUUUUUAUUAUUGGUUUUUGACUUAUUUACCUCUUUGUUCAGCAACUCUCUAGUUAACCUGAAGAUGAGCCAUCUUUUUAAGAUUUCUUUUUGCCCUUUGUCUCUUUCUUUGUUUUUUUGGGCUGAUGAAGUUGAACUUUAUCACAAACUAUUUCCUAGAAGGAAUUCUUGAAAUCUUCCCUGCAACAUUCCCUUUCCCUUAAUUUUUGGUCUUUAUUGAGUAUUAUCAUGUGCCUGUCUUUCAGUGUCAAGCUGCUAAAAUAAAUACUUGGUUAUUAA